UGCCAUCGAACCGUUUUUUAAUUAAACAAUGUUGUUGGUAAAAUUCCAAGGAUAAAAAAAAAUCAAAAUGAAUGUACUCAAUGUGAGUUUAAAAGUUAUCCUUAUUAUUACAGUAGGAAUUCAAUCGGUGUAUAGUAGCGAGGCAGCAGUUUGCGAAUACAGUUAUAAUGAACAAAACAAAGUCUACAACUACAAUUUGGCUGCUGCUUCUUCUAAUUUCCCCCAUGGCAUUCUCAGCCCAGACGGAUAUUACAAGGUGUCUUCUAAUGGAACAGUGGUUUGGUUUCAGCUAUGUGAUGCAAUGAUUUUCAACCAUGACCCUCCGAGAUGUUUUGAUUGCUUCGGUUGUGGUGAGUCAGCUCAGUGCGGCAUGGGUUGCAGUGCACUCAUGUCUAAUAAUUUAUUUGGUACGUUGUUGAGAAAAACUCUUGUGUAUGAGUUUGGUAGUAGUUCAGAUAACAGGAACUUGUUCAUAUGCUGUAGUAAUAAAUUCGAGGGCUAUCCAAUAUGUACUACUAUUGGGCUAACAUCAACCAUUACUACAGAUCUCAUAGAUAAAAGAAAUCCUCACACGGGUCUUCUUGUUAAAAUGCGGCAUGAUAGGCCAGAACUGAAUUGUUCACUCUCUGUUUAUGUUAUAUGCGAUUCAAAGCAAGUUCAAGGACCGACGACACUGGAGACAGUUAAUCUAUGUAAUUAUGCUACGCAGCUGAGGCAUCCGUCUGCUUGUGCCCAAAUUGUAUCUUCAAGUAGCAAUGGCUUUGGCUGGUUUGGUACCCUCCUGAUCAUUAUUUUGUGUCCCUUUGGAGGUUACCUAUUAGCAGGAGCUGCUUAUCGCUUCUUCUACCUUGGCAUUCAUGGCAUAGAUAUUGUUCCUAACUUAGAAUUUUGGGCCAACUUGCCACAUAGAGCACAGAGUGCCAUUAUGUCUUUGGUUAGAAGAUUCAGAGGACACUCUAAAGAUCACCGUAGCUCCUAUUCUCCUGUAGCCUUCUGAUCUGCUCACAUUGUUUCCACGGAGUAAGAUUUAUAUAUGCCCUUUUCACGGGAAAAAUCAUCUCUUGAUAUGAUUGUUAACUGUAAUACGUGUUUAGCUAUGAGUUGUACUAUGCGGUUUUUGCUAUUUUUUUUUUUUUGUAUUAUCUAGAGGACAUUCAUUUUGGUCACUAGCCUAUUUACAAAUGGACAUGUAGAUUUUCCUGGACAAUGUAAGGGAGUUUAUGCAGUUAUAUUUAAUUUGGUAAUGCAUACAUUGCCAAAAGUAGCAUUUGAUGAA